AUGGACGAUAUCAAGUAUUACAUUUGUCCCAGAUGGUGGGAUGACAAAAGGAGUUGUGAAGUCAUGAGUGACAGCCAGAGAACUGGAGAGGUCAAGUUUGGCCUGGAUCAUACGGCAGGUGAGUGACCCAGUCAUGGUCAUACAUUAGUUUCUGUUAAUUUCAUGGAACCAGUUAACAUAGGCUGGGGCGGGGGGGGGGGGCUGGGGGGAGCCGAGAGUAUUUCCCUUUUUUCCUUGUUUUUAUUCAUGGAAAUAUCUCAGAGAUCUGACGAAACCCCCGACACCUGGUCACCUUAAUUUUUAAAAAGCACCAUCUCAUAAAUAUUUUACUGUUAAGUUUUUUUUUUUUUUGAGUGUGACAUGACCCCGAAAGGGUUUUGCUCUUUCUGUCCCGCAACCCAGGUGUAUUCAUCGUCGGUCUGUUUGGCGUCUGUGUGGCCGCCAUACUGUUCGUCAGCAAGAAGGUCUGGCUGCUCAUCCUGCGGACGUUCAGAAAGUAUCAGAAAAGGCGGAAAAACCCGAGAACCCCCGAACAGGACAGCCCGGUGAACAACGGCAUGGAUGAGG